AACUAACUCAACCCGAUGGCCCCACCAAACGAGGCGGCGAGGUUCAGGGGAGCGGAGGACUGAACUGUAAUUUCGGAAAGUUCUCGGGAGGAUGCCGAUAGAGAUGCCGCGGCGGCUCCCCUUCGCCGUCGACACGUGGGGCCCCUCCUCCCGCCGCCGCCGCCACCGCUUCCUCACCCACGCGCACCGGGACCACCUCGUCGCCGCCGGCGGCGCCGCCGACUCCGGGGAAUGCCCCGGCGCCGUCUACGCGACGCGGCUCACCCUCGACCUCGCCCUCCGCCAUUUUCCCCGGCUUGAGCGGGGGGAGUUCGUGGAGAUGGAGGUGGGGAAGACGGUGGUGGUGGACGACCCCGCCGGGGCCUUCUCCGUCACGGCGUACGACGCCAAUCACUGCCCUGGGGCGGUUAUGUUCUUGUUCGAGGGUCAAUUCGGUAGCAUUCUGCACACGGGGGACUGUCGGCUGACGCCAGAUUGUGUACAUAAUUUGCCACUGAAGUACAUAGCAAAGAAAGGGAAAGAAAACAUUUGCCGUUUAGACUUUGUGUUCCUGGACUGCACAUUUUCCAAAUGCUUCCUCAAGCUACCAAGCAAGGAGUCAGCUAUUCAGCAGGUUAUAGCUUGCAUAUGGAAGCAUCCUCAUGCUCCAUUUGUCUAUCUUGCAUGUGAUCUUCUUGGUCACGAAGAGAUCCUAAUUGAGGUGUCAAGGACAUUUGGAUCAAAGAUUUAUGUUGACAAGAGAAGGAACUCGGACUGUUUUCGAGCUCUAUCUCUCAUAGCCCCAGAAAUCAUCACUGAAGAUCCAUCUUGUCGAUUCCAGAUUCUUGGAUUCCAAAACUUGUAUGACAAAGCAUGUACAAAGAUUGAAGAGGCAAGGGCUAGCCUUCAGCCUGAACCUCUAUUUAUCCGUCCCUCAACACAGUGGUAUGCGCACUGUGCUCAAAGCCAGAAACCUAGCCUAACAGAAGCUGUGCUGGAUGGUUGUGGGGUCUGGCACAUUUGUUUCUCCAUCCAUUCCUCUCGUGAUGAGUUAGAACAGGCCUUGGAACUUCUCCAGCCUCAAUGGGUAAUUUCAACAACACCACCAUGCUUUGCCAUGGAAUUGAGCUAUGUAAAGAAAAAAUGUUUCAAGACCUGCUUAACUGCUGAUGAUCCACUGUGGAAGAUAUUCAAGAAUCCUCUCCGAAAGUCAGUGUCCUCCCCUUCUACAUUGCUGGAUUCCGACACGCACACAAAUGAAGAUCACUCGAUUUCUGUCGAUGAUGAUCAUGAUCAUUCAGCCUCUCCUAGUGGUGAAGAAUGUACAGACUUUGAUAUCUGCACGCUUGAACUGAAGUUCAUGCCAUCCCCUCCAGUUCAGGAACCAGAUAUUACACUGUUUGGAAGAGCAAGAUUUGGCUCUGAAGAAAUUGACAUAAUGAGAGAAGAACUGUGCAAUCAGCGCAUUGCUGUUGAAGAAGCCAGGGCAUAUUCAACAGCAUAUUUGAUCUGUGAUGGUAGCAGUGAAGUUGAAACAUGUCCAAAUUCACGGACUGAUUUUGUCAUAGUGCAAGCAUCGAAGUCCCAACAGAGUUAUUCAGGAUAUGAAGAUGAGGACCCGUCUUGUCAGUGUGCUGCAUCCCCAAGGCAAUUAGAAAGUCGCUCAAUCCUGUCUUUACCUAUUGGUGAGUGCAGUUUGUCACCGGUGGUUGAUAACCCUAAAAAGUCUGAAGUUGUUAUAGAGUCAGAAUCAACAAAUCAUGCUGAAAGUUCAAACCUUUGCAUGGUCAGAAGGGGUUAUUCAGGAUCUGAAGAUGAUUGUCAGCGUGCUGCAUCCCCAAGGCAAUUAGAAAAACUCUCAAUCCGGUCUUCACCUAUUGGUGAGUGCAGUUUGUCACCGGUGGCUGAUAAACCUGAAAAGUCUGAAGUUGUUAUAGAGUCAGAAUCAACAAAUCUUGCUGAAAGUUCAAACCUUUGCAUGGUCAGAGGAGAAGAAACAACAGAUUGUGAAAGGGGUACCUUGUGCGUUACUGGAUCAUCGAAAUGCUUGAAUGCAAGUUUGAAGAGGCUGUACAGAUCAAGGAAUGUCCCUGUCCCACGACCUCUCCCGUCCCUUGUUGGACUUUUGGAAUCCACUAAACGGAUGAAAAUGCAACCUGGCAGUGAUGGUAGUUCGUUGAAUUCAUGGCACACCUUACCUAGGAGAUAAGAUUGUGCUUUCCACUGAAGAUAAGAUUGACAUGCACAUAUCAUGUAUAGCAUAUUGUGUUCACGAUUCAUACUCUCAGAAACUACCAGAGUCUGGUCACCCAGAUUACAUGUUAUUUUACAAAUUUUCAAAAUGAUGUAGAGAAAAUCGAUGUAUUGUACCUCUCAGGAAAAAAAAAUCGAUGUAUUGUCUUUUAAGCUUAUACAAGUUACUAGCAUUGUACAAUUUUCAAAUGUUGUAGAGAAAAUUGAUGUAUUUUACAGGAUCGGUCUGUUCGAUAAACAAAUGAUUUCUUCUGCCA